UACUACAUUUCCCAGGUUUCCUAGAGGUUGGAGCUUGCGCAAUAUGUUUUGCACGGCCCUGGUUUUUGUCAGUGUGUGCUUGGUGUUUGUUAUUGUCACAUUAGGAAAGUAAAAUACAUAUUUAACGGGACCGUAACUGUGAACGUAUCGUAUGAGGUUACUACAUGAGCCCCCCCCUGCCAUGAGAGCAGACUGCCAGGUCAACAGCCCCCCCUCCUUCUGCAGUUGAUGGAUCUGCAGCUGGUCCAGAGAUGACGGACAGCAUCAGGGCCUUCCUCCACAAUGUUGCGACGGGGAUCAAGGACUCCAUAUUGGGGAUUGGAACCAUCUCCAAGCUGGAUGCUCGCAUCCAGCAGAAAAGGGAGGAGCAGCGGAGAAGAAGGGCCAGUGGAGCCCUGGCACAAAGACGGGCACAGAGUGAGGAAUGUAAACCGGACAAUGAGCCUAAAGUAGCCAGCAGGAUAUUUCAGUGCUGUGCUUGGAAUGGAGGAGUGUUCUGGCUCAGUCUGUUUCUCUUCUACCGGGUCUUCAUCCCCCUUCUGCAGACCCUCACAGCAAAAAUCAUCGGUGACCCCUCCCUCCAUGGCAGUGUGUGGUCCUGGUUAGAGUUCAUCCUAACCUCUGUCUUCAGUGCUCUAUGGGUUCUCCCCCUGUUCGUCCUUAGCAAGAUAGUGAACGCCAUCUGGUUCCAGGAUAUAGCUGACCUAGCUUUUGAAGUGUCUGGCUGCAAAGCUCAGCCGUUCCCCAGCGUCAGUAAGAUCAUCGCAGACAUGCUGUUUAACCUUCUCCUCCAGGCUCUCUUCCUCAUUCAGGGGAUGAUUGUUAGCUUGUUCCCCAUUGAUGCAAUCGGACAGAUGGUUAGUCUCCUCCACAUGUCUUUGCUCUACUCUCUAUAUUGCUUUGAGUAUCGCUGGUUCAACCACGGCAUAGAGAUGCAUCAACGACUGUCCAAUAUUGAGAGGAAUUGGCCAUAUUACUUUGGCUUUGGUUUACCCAUGGCUCUGCUGACUGCCAUGCCCUCUUCAUACAUCAUCAGUGGCUGCUUGUUCUCCAUCCUUUUUCCUCUGUUCAUCAUCAGUGCUAAUGAGGCAAAAACACCAACAAAACUAUAUCACUUCCAGCUGCGGCUCUUCUCUUUGGUCGUGCUAAUCAGCAACAAGCUUUUCCACAAGACUGUCCACCUGCAGUCCUCUCUGACACCGUCUGCCUCAUCGGAGAAGCUGUCCUCGCCCCACGCCUCCCCGAACCGCCACAGACUGCUGCUGCACAACCAGUGAUGGAUCCACAUGAAGCAUCCAUGGUAUCGUCCAACAUUUGGUUUCAGCCAGUGUGGGAAAAGUGAUUCUUCCAGAAGGAUUGUCCUUACAGAAGAUGAUAUGCAUUGUAAGAUGAAGAGUUUAUGCAGCUUAUCUAAUCUUUGGUCAUUGGGUUCAUUUAAAGUCCACACCAGGCACAUUUUGACUUGACCCCACUUUAAAUAGAUACAUUAGAGAAGUAAAUACAACUGUAACUGUAUUUUUGUUUGAUCUUCUCUUUCAGCAUACGUUUUUUUUGUAUAGUGUGCCAUUUGAGUGACUCUGCAUAACAAAUGACCAUAUAGUUUUAACCUUGAGCAAAUGUACUUUGAGUAGACUUUUUCUCUUUCUCUUUGAAGGAUCUCAGUUGCAUUUAGAAUGAACAGCACAGUUUAAGUGUUACUUGUAGCUUAUUGUUUAGUGUCCGGCGCUUUCUUGCACAUGGACUCCGGUGUCCAAGGAAUUUCAGAAACAAACUUGCGAAGCUCUGAAAGGUGUUGUUUUCUUUUCGUCCUACUGGCUUCAGUUCAGUCAGUACUGUUUUGCUGUUGGUUACCUUUUAUAACAAAUAGCAAAGUCACUCCUGUGUUGCUUGACAUCUCAUCUGUCCUGUAGUACACAUGGUGACACCGGCAGAGGAAAGGUUACCCUAUCCUUUCCUGAUUGCGUGUCAUUGGCUAGUCAUAGUGAGACAACACUGCCAAACCACUGCAGCUCUAUUUUCUUUUUUACUUCAGCCACAACUAUGUGAAUCUCUCUAAUAUAGAGAGGAGUCGAAUACUUAAGGCCUCUUCUAAAACAAUAGGUGAUCAGUCUCACUUAGCUAAACCUGUGUCCUACCCAAAGAUCGUUUUUUUAUGCUGUACAUAAUUUCAGUACCUUCUAAACGUUUCUUUAGACACCCUAGCCCACUCAAUGAUCUUUUCUCUUUCACUUAUCAUAGCUCAUGGCUGUGGAUAGGUGCAAUGAUUUUGAAGACUUGUGCAAUUCUAAAAGGAGCAUAGUGUUGGUGGUUUUAUUGUUUUUCUUUUUGUAAAAGUAAUUCAUCUGAUUUCAAUAAAAUUUGGUCAGUAUUCAA